GCCCCGCUCCGCUCCUGUCUCACUCCAGCUCACUGACCUGCUGUGCCUGCUACAAUGGCUCGGCUCGCCACCCUCGCCGUGCUCCUCCUCUCCCUCCUGGCCGUCGCUAGCUGCCGCGUCCUUGAGACCACCUCCGACGACCAGGGCCUACCCAACGCCGUCCUCCUCACCCAAGAUGAUCAGUCCGAUGCCGCUGCUGACGUGACCCUUCCGGCUCUGCCCACCCCGGCCCGCGAAAAUAUCGUGCUGAGCCAUGGUGCACCCACUCCUAUGCUCCGGCUCCCCUCCCACCGCUCCACCUGCCGCCUCCACCGUCACCUCUGGUGGACGCGCCACCACGGCCUCGCCCGCGUCCAUCCCGCCGUCGACGUCGUGCCCGCCGAGCUUGCCCGCGGCGAAGACCAGGAGCCCAGGGAGGCGGUCGCGGAGCCGGACCCCGACUCACGCCCGGACACCGACGCUGAGCAGAAGCCGCUUCAUGGCGAGGAGGACGAGGAGGAGGAGGCAGCGAAGGCGUGGAAGGCGGAGAUGCUGAGGAGGUUCCGCCACGGCAUCCGCUUCCACCACCGCCACCAUGAGCAGGACGUGGAGGAGCACGACGACCACGAGCAGGACAAGGAUGAAGGCACGAACAUGGACCUGCUCGCACGCUUCCACCACCACCACCAUCUUCGCCACCACCACAAGCAGGACGCGGAGGACGAGGAGGACGGCCACCGGCAGGACAAGGACGAAGGCCUGAAGACGAAGCUGUUCCGACGUUUCCACCACCACCACCACGCGCAUGACAGCGAGAACGAGGUCGACGAGGUGGAAGAACUGGCUAGGAAGCUGGGCGAGGCGAUCGUGAGAAGGAGCUUCAGCCAUGGCGGCCGCCACCACCAUCACCACCACCACCACGGGGCGGAGGGCGGGGUGAGGAACUGGUUCAAGGGCCUCCUGAACCGAUUCUAGAUCGACGUACGUACCGCCGGCCGGCGCCUGGUUGGUUUACUCUGGUUAUUAAUCUGUUGUGUGCGAUGCGUGACGUGCAGCGCUUUGCCAUUUCCUACCUUUAUUUUUGCUUCGUAUUCCACAUUAUAUUUACCACUUGGGUUUAUGUGUUAGUUUAUUUGUGAGGGUUGGGAGAUUAUACGGGCAGCUGUGUUUUUCUAAUAACUUUGUCUUGUUAUCGCUCGUGGUUCGUAUUAAAACUGGGCCAUCUCUGUUUUC